ACUUAGAUCAAGUUAUGGGGUAAACAACAAGUGCUUAGAUCAAGUUAUGGGAAAAUUUACCACAGUCGUCGUUCUCAAGAAAAACGAAAUGUCAUGAGCCGCGGUUCCGCUGCGAAACUGACUCGCCUCCCUUUGGUCAAAUUAUGCAAGAGACCUCCUCGGAAUUCGAAUUCGUCGACAACUCGUGAAACUGAAACUGUGAAAGUCGGUAUGCGGCUGACCGCAGACGAUGUGGCCCGCGAACUGGGCGCGAUGCACGGUCUCCCGACUUCCGCGAUGUCCUCGCCACAGGGCUCGUCGGGUUCGUCGAUCGAAACUUUUCAGCUCCCGUCGCGGCUGGACGAACGUCACGGCAAACAGCGCGGUGACUUCUCUCAAGCAGAGGCUUCCUGGAACCACGUGGCAGGAAACGCUGCACUAGCACACGUGGACGCAAAGCCGCUUGGAUCGGGUGCGGAAGGAGAGAAAGGUAGUGUGAAACAAGACAGUGCACCAGCGCAUAGAAGAAAUGAAGCAGAUGACAUUUUUUUUCAGUCGGGGCCACACGCCAAAAAUCACCGGCCGGAAUGUCGAGAUGCGGUGUCGCAACGACAUGCGGAGGGAGCAGAAAAUUGUCCGAGCAGCUGCUCCCCUGCUUUUCAAGGGCACAAGAGCGUACUAGAGGAGUAUCAUAUAAACGCAGAUGAUCAGCAGAACGAGAGUUGGAUCCAUAGCAAUACAGCUGGUAGCAUUCUGGGCGGAUUUUCGUCAUGCUCACCAGCUUCGUCUGUCUCUGUACCGUCAGUCACAUCAUCCUUGAUGUCGCCAGCUGCAAAAUCUUCGACGUUGGUGGAAUCCAAGAAAGCAGUGGAGCAAAAUGCAGGCCCAGUAUUAAGAACAGGACAGGGAGAUGCAACUGCAUUAGGACAAGAGUGUGGGUCCCGCACUGCAGCACAAUCAGGGAGCCCUGUGGAACAAAGUUCUGUCAGUCAAGUGGAAAGUAGUGAGUCCACGCGAGAAAAAAGCUGGAAUGCUAAACCAUCUUCUUCCCCGCCAAUGCGUUUGUCUUCAGGAAUAAGUCCUAAGAAUCAAACUAGCGCAGCGCCGGGAUCGGUUUCUUCAGCCAGAACCUCUACCAGUGUGGGCACGUCGCGAGCAAACAAGCAAAAGGAAGAUCCUCUACUUGUUGCCACUACAUCGCUGAUGGGUCAGUCUAGUCAGACCUCACCCUCGGCACCAAAAGCCGUUGUAGAAGUACCAAGAAGAAAAAGUUCUCAGGCGCGCGCUUUAGAUUCCGUAAACAAGAUGAUUCGGCUCCAGCAAGAGCACAUGCUGCAGCAACAAAAUAUUGCUUUAUCGUCAGGCGCCUCAAGAUCAUCUUCUUCAUCCUCUUCUCCUUCUUUAGCAUCGUCUUCGAAGUUGUCUUCAGGAUCGGAAGUGUCUUCAGGUUCACGCAUUGGGUACGAAAAGGAGCACCCGCAAAACUUAUAUCCUGAAGAUGAGGGUGUUGGUGCUACUUCCAGGUCGUGUAUUGUGGGACAGCUAGGUCCGAUUCCGGAAGUAACUGCCGAAGAGUUUCCCAGUUGUUCGUCGUCUGAGGACGGGCCGUCCUGCUCAACGUCUCUUGACCUCCCGAUGGAGCCGUCACCGACGCUCGUAUCAGAAUCCGCUUUAGCCGAUAUACGAGACCGCGAGCUUGCUGAGAUGCGUGCAAGGCAAAGACACGAAGCAAAAAAAUUGCAAGCUUCGUCUCCUGCUCCGAUAGACCUUAUACCAGAGGACUGCGAAAGCAGUUACAUUAUGAUUGUUGUGGAUAUGAUUCACAUAUUAAUGCAUAUAUUGUUGAUAACGCGAAGUACAAUCGUGCUGGUGACACUAACACUAAUUCAAGAAGUUGUUUUCUAGAAAUAGCGCAGUAGUACUGUUAACGCUAAGCACAGUCGUUCUUUUUUUCGCAUACUCAUUUGCUCGUUGCUUGCGUCCAUUUCCCAUCUAACUCAAAAUCAAAUGGUACUGGUGCCUCUUCAUCGAGUGCUAGGCCCUCACCAUCGUACGAAUACCAGCACGAUGCACUGAGCCUUGGCGCCGGUGAAGAAGGCAAAGCAGCUCGUAGCUUUGACACUGACCAACAUUCUGGAGAGAACAGUGCUUGUCUAAGAGUAGAGUACCACCAUCAUCUUCAAGAUGUCAAUGACAAUGUGUAUGGUCGCGGUGGUCCACGACCAUAUUAUUAUGACAGCGGAGUUGGACGUGGAGUCGGAGAUCAUGCGGAACAAAACGGAAACGGGCAGCAGCGUGCGUUCGAGCCGCCUGAUCGAUCAUGGCAUCACAAUCAGCCCACCAGAGCGCGUUUUUCUCCAGCUGACUCUUCUCAGGUUCCUUGGACGAAAGGUCCACUGGAUCAUGUGCAGAGGAAGUAUCCCAGCGACACGGAGCCUACUCCUACGCUUAUUUCAGAUGCAGAAAAGUGGUAUCGUACGGUGCGGGAGCGCGUAGAAACUGACCUCGCGGAUGCACUGCGAUGCAACGGUCGGCUGGUAGAAGAGCUGUCGAGGCGCUCUAAGGAUGUCGAGACCUUGAAAGACUUGGCGGCUCGGACGGAAGCAGCAUGCGAACGCAGAUUGGCGGCUAAGGAGGCAGAUUGUGUGCGAAAAUCGAGAUCCUUCGACACCGUGAUCGCGGACCUGCAACACCGCUUCGACUUGACGAAGCAGGAACUCGAAGAUACGAUGCCACAACUCCCCAGAGCCAUCGAACAUUAAGUACGAGUAUGCAGGAUGAUGUGACGGGUUGUCCAUAAAACUCGAAAUACCUACAACUCCUUCAUCAACCCGUGGUCAUGAUCCUUGAUCUACUAGACCUUGUACUUCUUCUAUCCUCGUCCACCUCUAACAUUAUCCGGGAGGAAGCUAUGAAGCGCGUGUGCCAGACGCAGUGCGAGACGCUUCGUGAUGAGCUGUCUGCAUCAGAAAAGAGGCUGCGGGAAAGCCAUGAAAAUGUAUUCAUUUCCGGUCGUAGUUUGCCUUUCGUCCUUGACUCGUAGUUAUCGUCUCAUUCCGCUUGAUAUUUGAUUUCACCUUCAUGGAUGUGUAAGUUUGUUAAUGGAAGUUGUGCUUGUUGGCGUAUCUAUUCCCCGAGGGUUUUAUUAAAAACAUUAACAUUUUACUUUUAGGCUGACAAACUCAAAGCUGAGAUCGCAUAUUUGCGCGGGCGGAUAAGUGAGAAUCGCGAUAUUUCCAUGAAAACGCUCCAGAGUGUGCAGGACGUGGUCGUUGCGAGUGCGAAACAAGCUCAGACGCAGUACAAAGAAUGGAAAAGUCAGUUAAGUACAUCUACAAUGAAUUUUUAAACAUGGUUACUAAUCUACGGAAAUAGUCGAUGUCGGGGUCGGAAAAUAUAGAUAGUUAAAAAGAUGAAGACAAAGUAAGAGGGAACCCCGGCACUCUGAUUCGUUCGUCUAAGUCAUCAGAAAACUCAGUGGCCUUUGGAUAAGGUGUAUUUCUCGCGUCUCGAAGAUACGCUUCGCAGUGUGGAGCUUCGUUGCACACGGUUGCUGCGAGACACGGAAAAGCGGUUUCAAUUUCUGGCACAGCGUUCCAAGCUAGUCAACACCUGGUCCGACCAUACCGAUAUCAGUGUGAGUGUAGGGUGUGCUGGUACGACUUCUACAGCUGCAGGUGCAGCUAAAGUCGCAGAUGGUGCGCAAGGUGUUGUGGAUCAUCUAGUCGAGGAGACGCCUUUGCUCCAUUCUCAUGUAGAGCGUGCGGAUUUGCGAAUGGGUGCUGAGAACAAAGGGACUUUCGAGACCACGCGGGAGACGGAAAACUACAGUCUUACAACGAUUAUUAAGAGGACGCCUGCUGUGACACCGACUGCAACACGGCCAAGUCGCAGUCCGAGCGUGCGGAACAACUGUCUCAAUCUCUUCUUGGACUUAGACGACUCCAUUCUCAGUGAGCAAGCAGCGCACACUUACCUCGACGGAAUCGUUGCAAACUACAAAGAACGGAACAAGACUUCUGCGAAUACACGACCGACGAGGACCACAACAUCUUCUACAGGCACCGGCAUACCUGUUGAUAAAGGUGGUGGAUCCGGGAUAGGGAGCUCUCGAGGGCAGAAAAUUUCUCAAUUGUCGGAUUCUUCUGUAAAGAGAACAUACGAUCCCAGCAAGUACAUGAACACUUAAAGAAGGUCACAAACUGCGCCGUUGUGAAUCCUCGAUUUCAGUCUCUCGUUGAUCGAAUAAAAACUAUCUGUCUUGGAACUUGAAGGGCGGGAUGCGUCUGCUAAAGAGCAAGG